CUUCUUCUUCUUCUUCUCCGGAUUUUCUCAUCUGGGUUUUUGCCAAACAUCUUGGUUUUGAUUUAUUUUCUCCUGGAAAAGCAAUAUAAUUCACACGCUACAAAACUAGCUAGUCCUUUUAUUCAUUGAUACUCUAUACUAAUCAUAUUAUAUAGAGGGCAAAAGGAGCGGAAGCUACUAGCAAACUGGCUGCCGGGAAUAUUAUGAAAAGCGAGCUCUACUUUUCUGAGGAAGAAGAUGAUAAUUUCGUAGAGAGCGCUGCCGCGGCUUAUUGUAAAAACGAGCUCAUGAUCAUCAGUUCUAGAUUCAAAGAAAGAAGAUAGUAUAUACAUAUAUAAUUAUCUCUAGCUCCUUUCUUUUUCUUCUUAUUUACGGUGAUCACAAAAUUAGCAAUGAACAAGAGUAAUCUGGGGUCAAUCAGCAGCUCCGAUCUCAUCGAUGCGAAGCUCGAAGAGCAUCAGAUGUGUGGAUCCAAGCACUGCCCCGGUUGUGGCCACAAGCUUGAAGGAAAGCCGAAUUGGUUAGGUCUACCAGCAGGAGUGAAAUUCGACCCGACAGACCAAGAACUGAUCGAACAUCUGGAAGCAAAGGUAGAAGACAAAGACAUGAAGUCUCAUCCUUUGAUAGAUGAGUUUAUCCCUACUAUUGAAGGAGAAGAUGGCAUUUGUUAUACCCAUCCUGAGAAACUUCCAGGAGUGACAAGAGAUGGUUUAAGUAGGCAUUUCUUCCACAGACCUUCAAAAGCUUAUACAACCGGGACAAGAAAGCGAAGAAAAAUCCAAACCGAAUGUGACUUGCAAGGCGGGGAAACUAGGUGGCACAAAACGGGCAAGACCAGGCCCGUCAUGGUGAAUGGAAAGCAAAAAGGUUGCAAGAAAAUCCUCGUCCUCUACACCAACUUUGGGAAGAACCGAAAACCCGAAAAGACCAACUGGGUCAUGCACCAAUACCAUCUUGGACAACAUGAGGAGGAGAAAGAAGGUGAGCUUGUUGUUUCAAAGAUAUUCUACCAGACGCAGCCUAGGCAAUGUAAUUGGUCCGACCGGAGUCUGACCACCACCACCACGACGGGGAUGGCUAUAACUACCGGAGAAUUAGGAAAUAGCGACCGGAGAGAUAGUGGGAGUGGGAGUUGUUCUUCUAAGGAGAUAAACAUUAAUCCUCAGAGAUCAGAUGAAUUGUCUGUUGGAGUUGCUGCUCAGAUGUCUAGUGCUACUACUGCUGCUUACAGUGGUUUAGAAAGUAUUCCUCAGUUGAAAUCUGAUCACUUCAGCUUUGUUCCAUUUAGAAAAAGCUUUGACGAGGUGGGAAUAGGAGAUGCUUCAACAGUAAGGGAAGCCCCGGGAGGAGCAGGCACGUGCGAGGAUCACCAGCAGAGGGCACACCAUAUGGCCCAAGACCAUCAUCAUCAUCACCAUCAACAACAACAACAACAACAACAACAACAUAUACAUCAUCAGAUCGCGACGUCUGCGUUUCACAUCAGCCGUCCAUCCCACCCCAUUUCCAACAUUAUCCCUCCUCCUCCUCUCCAUCACACCUCCAUUAUUCUUGAUCAGGACGCCUACCACGUCUCCAGAAUCAUGCUACAAAACGAGAAUUUCCAGCAACAAGCGCACCAACAGCAACAGCAGCAGCAACAGCAUCAUAAGCUGGGGGGAAGGUCAGCGUCUGGUUUAGAAGAACUCAUAAUGGGAUGCACUUCAAGUACUUCUAAUAUCAAAGAAGAGUCAUCCAUCACAAACGUCCCUCAAGAGGCAGACUGGAUGAAAUACUCUUCCUUCUGGCCUGACCCUGACAACCCAGAUCAUCAUGGGUAGGAGUGAAAAACAAUAUUAAAAAAAACAAAACAAAAAAAAAACUCAGAGACAACAUCAUUAUCAUC